GGUCCGUGGCAGUAGGCGAAAUUGUGUUUCGUCGGACGGUUCGUUUAUUCGUGUUCGUCGUUUGAAGUUUCGCAAAGCCGACGAAAAUGUGGUCGACGGUUUACGAACCGGCCAACGCGGGUCUGAAGUUCGUUUGAAAAGCGUUGUGGAGCAGCGAUACAUUUUAGGUUAAAACUCUUGGUUGUCGGGUGCAUAACAAUGCAUUGCGUGAGAAAUUCGUGCGGUGAAAGUGUCUCGGACGCCGUUCGGUUGGAAAUCCGACGAAACGAACAUUGUUACGAGUCCGCCCGCUCCUUCUCCUCUUGAGCAUCUUUUUUUCCCGUGCGCCCUUACGUCGCCCGCAAGGAAGCGAAAAAAUGCCGAGACUCGAGUGGCGAUGAUUCGACUCGAAUUUCAUCGUCGCCUUCGUCGAUUUUCGUAUAGUGUUUCUCUGCUCGAGACCGUAAACACACUCAUCCCCAUAGCGACGAUCACGCGCGGGGACGGAAUGGAAACGUAACUCCUUUCGAGGCUGAUUUUUCUCGUUAAAAGCACAUUAGAAGAACUGAAUAUGGCUGAUGAUGAGGGAACCGAAUGGCUGCAAGAACUAUUGCACGAUGUCCAGCUUUCCCAAUUCUUCACCAGGAUACGGGAUGAUCUGCAAGUCACAAGACUGCACCACUUUGAUUAUGUGCAAUCAGAGGAUCUUGAAAAGAUAGGUCUUGGAAAGCCAGGCAUCAGGCGUCUGUUAGAUGCUGUUAAGAAAAAGAGAACCACACAAUGGAAGAAAAGCUUGAUGACCAAGAUCAGACCUGGGGGUAGUACCAAAAGUAAUAAAAGAUCCUCUCAGCCAGUUGAAGGUUCCUCUGUAUUAACAUGUCUGAUUCAAGACAAAGAUGUAAUGCUAUCGAUAAAAUUGGGAGAUGGUAGUUUUGGUGUUGUUAGAAAGGGAGAAUGGACAUCUCCUUCAGGUAGAACAUUGCCGGUUGCAGUGAAGGUUCUUAAAGCAGAUGCUUUAACGCAGCCAAGCGUCAUAGAAGAUUUUGUUUCUGAGGUUCAAGCAAUGCAUACACUGGAUCAUCAUAAUCUCAUCAGAUUGUAUGGUGUGGUAUUGUCACAACCAAUGAUGAUGGUAACGGAACUUGCACCUCUUGGAGCAUUGCUGGACUAUUUGCGGAAACAGGGUGGCCGGAUUUCAGUAUUAACCAUCUGCAAUUACGCGUUGCAAGUAGCCACCGGAAUGGCGUAUUUAGAAGCGAAACGUUUUCUACACCGCGACCUGGCUUGCAGAAACGUUCUUCUGAGUACAGUGGACAAAGUGAAAAUCGGUGAUUUCGGCCUAAUGAGGGCUCUACCUCAACAGGAAGACUGUUACGUGAUGACGGAACACAAGAAAGUGCCGUUUCCCUGGUGUGCACCCGAAUCUCUCAAAGCGCGUCAAUUUAGCCACGCAUCCGACGUUUGGAUGUUCGGUGUGACGUUGUGGGAGAUGCUCACGUUCGGCGAGGAGCCCUGGGUUGGUUUGAACGGGUCAGAAAUUUUGAGAAAGAUCGACAGAGAGGGAGAACGAUUACACGAGCCGGAAGCAACGCCACCGGUCAUGUAUCAGCUGAUGUUGCGUUGCUGGGCUCGAGAACCGUCAGAAAGACCGACCUUCGCUUCCUUGCGAACAUCCCUCACGGGUAUGGUCCCAGCUGUAAUGAAGGCGGUGAAUCAUUUCGAGGAGACCGAUAAAAUGACCAUCGAACAGGGUGACCAGAUAGUCAUUUUGGAUGGUCGGCCAGAAAAUUAUUGGUGGAAGGGUCAGAAUCAAAGAACUUUCCAAAUCGGACUGUUCCCUCGUUGCUUAGUUGAUCCUAUGAGACGCAAGCAACCGGAAGACAUCAGUAAACCGCUCGAAAAUUCUUUCAUUCAUACUGGACACGGUGCACCUUUCGGUAAAAGCUGGGGGAGUCCUAUUUACAUAGACGACGUGUAUCUGCGAAAUCCUAUGGAACCUCCCGACGUUGUAGGGGUCGCAACGGCGCCCGACAGUCACUUGAAAAAGAAAUUCUCCUGCGGCACUCCGCGAUCGAGGAAGCAGUUCAAUUACACGAAGCUUCAGAACGAUAUACGAGCUAGUCCUGUGAAAUCAACGAACACCUCGGCUCCUAGCAGCAGCCAAGAAGGCAGUUUGAUCGAUUUAUCUCCGGAGGAGAUAGUGAACACGAACGUGGCACAGUCUGAUACUGCCUGUCGUCGGGUAGUCAAUAUCCUGGACGAACCUAUCGACGACAUGGAACGACAGCAGACGAACUGGCAGGAGGAUGAUCCCCGGACUUAUGCCAACUUUCCGGGGAACGUCGAUCCUGCUUAUUCGGAUCCUUUCGACACGUCCUCGGUGUUUAUGAAGCUUCCGCACUCGAGGUAUUACAGCCAUGUUCCGUCUGACGUUAGCAGUAGAUACUUUAAGACCCAGACGUACGGGAAUGUACAGAACCAAGACGCCAGCAGCAGUCAAGGCAGUGCAAACUACUUUGCCCCAGAAUCUGGGUCAGACGUGAAUCAUUAUUCUAUAAACCUGAGCAAAGAGAACAGAAACGACAGUAUUAAUUUGAACGUGAACGUCGACGCUGAAGAGAGUAACGCAUACAGUCAGAACCACUAUACCGAAAUAGACAAACCUAGUCCUCCCAUGCCGAAUUGGUCUAACUGGCCAGAGGAUAUGCAAACAGAGUCGCAGACGUACGUAAACGUGGCCAGCCGGAAUUUACCCAGUGCCGAGGUACCUCCCCCUCCACCUGCCGCCCCUAACGAGAGUCCUGUGAAGCCAAAAUCGAACCAUGACCUAGCACAAACUCUGAGCGAGCUGACAAUAAACGCUCACAACGUUUCUCCUAAAAAGUUGGACCCAGCCUUCCUAGCCGAGUUGGAGAAACAUCUGGGCGAGAAGGAGGCAAGCAAGAAUAUGAACGCCAGCCAGCAAAAUCCGGAGUCCUCCGACCCAUACUCUUCCGUGAACAAGUUACAAGAGAAUACGAUCCCGGCGUUGAGACCUCCACCUCAAUCUGCGAAACCCAAGUCUCCACAGAUCGACUACAGGAGCAACAAUCUACCCAGCAAGGUACAGAACUCCUGGCAGUCGAAGACUUCGAAUAUUCAACAACCUCGUACGCAGCCUGAACAACGAGUCCUCGAGACGAGCACCGAGCAAAUGGUCGGCCAAAUUUGGCAGCAGUCGCAAACGCCUCAGCUCGGUACCUACGGUAAUACUCAGGCGAACUUGAACCUGUUACAAAUCGCGCCCAGUAACUUAAGCAACCAGUGCAACGUGUCCAAGACGAACUUCAACCACGGGCAGAACUCGUUGCCCGCGGUUAAUCAGGCUGCCCUUCCGAACCCUCCUAUAUCGAAUGCGAGCCACGGGAUAACUCAGAUCCAGAACGACCUUCAACAAGCACACUCCAGUAACGUCGUACCUAAGCCUGCCAGUGUGGUGUUCUCGGAGCAGGUGUACGCGGAGCUGAAGCAGACGGUGCCAAAUCUGGACCAGUUGUCCCAGAACGAGUUCAACACUCUGUACAAUAAGACUGUCCAACAGAAUAUCCUCAGGAACCACUACGCCACUAGCGGAUCGACCGCCUCGAAUUCGACCUGCAACCUAAGUCACAACCACCAUCCAGAAGGAACAGCCAGCACCUCCCAAGUCCGUUCUGCUCCAGCAAGAAACCUCUUGGUCCAAAGUCAUCCCUGCGACUUCAGUCCCCAUUUGAAGCAACCUCCCGUGUACAAUCCCCCUCCUCCCGCCUGGAGUCCUAUCAAGUCCGUCCAGAACGGACUGGUUCAGGUCCAGAACGUCGCGGCCAAGUCCAAUUUAGCGAGCAAUCUGGCGACCAAUUCUAAUCUGCUGCAACUAACGCACACGAACGUACCUCAAGAGGGCGUCGUGACGCCACAAACCUCCGUGACGCGAGUUCUGCCUCCUCAGAUGAACGAGACGGUCGUUAAUACUCAAUUAGCUCCCUCCGCGUCCGCGUACCCCUCCGGUGUCAGCCCCCCUUUGACAGCCGCCUCUCAGCAGCUGGUCAUGUCCCUCAACGACGAGUUCCGAGCAAACAAAGUGAUGAAGGUGCAACGAGAGGCGACCGACGCGUCGCAACAGGAAAUACUCACCGCGCUGCAGGCCACUGGCUGGGACACUAAUCAGGCGGCCAAACAGAUCCUGAAGGACAGGCAGGCUAAGAUCGAAUCCCUUUUCAGAUUAGGCUUGGCAGACAGACAGCAGUGCGAGGGUGCUCUGAAGCAGACUGAAUACGACGUAGAUUUAGCGGCCUCCGUCUUGUUAGACCAGGUCAGAUGAAGACAGACUCAACCGUCACGAAACCAAUACUUGAAAAUAGUGUAAAAUAACUGUAGCGAUAUAUAUACCGUGUUAAACGUAAUGUAUAUUUAUAAACGAUAGCCGUACACGCGUAAGCACGAGGCUACGAGCUGCAAGCAUAGAAAGUUAGACAGGUGCCUCUUCGAGGGUUUCUAAAUGAUCGAGAAACAAUUGCAUUCCAGAAUGAAGAGAAUACUUCCGUAGCGACGUUGCUUUUUAGCUAGCGUUAUUACAUUGAAACGGACAGAGGUGGCUGAUAUUCGACAAAAUUUCCAUUUUUCUUUUUAUGUCGAAUUACUCUUUCAUUUCUUAUAGAGUCGAUGUCUAAUCUUCGUGUGGAUAGUCAAGUUCCUGGAAAAAUGUCACAAAAUUGAGAUUCUUUGGACACUUAGCUUUUGGGACUACCAGUUAGUUUUUGCAAAAUGUUAAGUAUGAAGAGUUUAGGAACUUAAUUACCCAUAGGAGGAUUAGUUGUAAAUUUUGGAAGAAAUAUUUUUUGAUAGAAUUUUGUUCAGUACACCUCCGUUCACUCGUGUUGGAAAUAAGAUACAGGGUGUUUCAGAAAUCAGUUUUAUUUUUGAAUAUCUUCCACUAAUUUCACGAACUGACUUCGCAUAAAGAUGACUGCCAAAUAUGGGACUCACUUUUGAGACACUCUGUAUUUAGCAGUUUCACCUCCCGUUCAAUUUUUACCGAACGUCUUCCCCUGCGUCAUCCACGAGUGAACAAAACGAUCGUAACAGAUACUAUAUUUUCGUCCAAUAGUUGAGAAGUUCUUCGCGUCGGUGAACCGUUUAUAAUUGUGGCUACGUGACCGGAAGUGAAACGGGUCACUGUGUUCCGUUCAGCUGAAUUCUAUGUAAAAGUCUUCUCUUUCUUAUAUGGUUCAUACAUAUUCAUGACAUAUUGCCGUGAAAGUACUCGUAAACUUUUUAUGAUUCCGCUAAGGUAGAUAGAAAACGAUAGUGUCAUCGAUUACGAGACAUGAAUGUUAUUACUGCAACUAUUGCUUUGAAUCAUUAACAUGCAGCAGACUUCUUUAGAAAAAUGGCAAUAUAAGGGAAGGACUUUUAUCAUUUAUUGUAAAAUUCUUUAAGAAAAAUGGCAAUAUAAGGGAAGGACUUUUAUCAUUUACUGUAAACUUCUUUAGGAAGAAUUGCAAUAUAAGGGAAGGACUUUUAUCAUUUACUGUAAACUUCUUUAGGAAAAAUGGCAAUAUAAGGAGAGGACUUUUGUAGUUUACUGUGAACUUCUUUAGGAAAAGUGGCAGUAUAAGGGAACGGACUUUUAUUAUUUACUGUGAACUUCUUUAGGAAAAAUGGCAAUAUAAGGGAAGGAUUUUUAUCAUUUACUGUAAUGUUGAGAGUUGUAUGUUUGUGAGUGGUGGGGAUACUAAGAAAUGUAUACAUUUAUCACAUCACUAUGUGACCACUAGGGAUCCUAGUGUACUGUUCCCUAAAGAGGAAGAAGUCUCAUACUGUAAUGAGUGAUGUAGUCUCUCCUUAUAUCGCCAUUUUCUCUAAGUCCAACACUUAUAAUCUGUAGAAGUCAAAAGUUUAAAGAUGACAAAACUUGUAACGUAUUUUACCAAUUUCUUGACGCGAAGACUUCAGUCUCUCCUUAUAUCGCCAUUUUCUCGAAGCAAGUCCAGCACCUCUGUACAAGUGAAAAGUCGAAAAGUGACAAAACUUCUAAUUUUGACCAACUUAUCGACGCGAAGACUUCAGCUCCGACACUAGCGCCACAGUGGAGUUUCCGAGAGGCACUUCACGUCGGUACGAAGUAGGUGCUGUCUCAAAGCCGGCCAAAAACGAAAUCUGGCAUCGUGACAGCCUUAAACGAACACGCUCACGAGUGUUUUCCGCGACGCAAGCAGCGGCUGAAAGUCUCGAAUUUUUCGUAAAAAAACGCGAUUCGAUCACAGCCGGAAAAUGUUGCGCGACGAAACGUUGAAUUUUUGUAACUGUGAUAUGCGUUGCUAAAGGCUCUAGGCGGUGAGAACGUGAAAAAACAGAGCACUCUCUGUUGUCCUUUCUUCUUUUUUUUUUUUUUUUAGGGAUAGACUUGUAGAUGGCAAUCGUGUGUCUAAGAGUGUACAUAGCCAGGUGACUGAGUUAAGCUUAUUUCUUUUUAUGGUACGUUUAUUUCCGGUCGAUCGCGUGGUCAGGAACGAUUUCGAGCGUAAUUGGUUUGCGUGCUUCGAUUGUUUCGCUCAACUUUCGCGGCAGCCGGGCAGAGAACAUUGUUUUAUGCAGAAAGGAACGUUGGGUUCACUUAUUUUUACUGGGUAAAUGUGUUUGUGUGUGUGUAGGUAGAUCUCUAAAUUCUUAUGUCCUUAAAUUCCUAUGAUUUUGAAUUUUUGUAUCCCUAAGUUCCUGUAUCUUUAAUUUCCUGUAUCGUUAAUUCCCUAUACUGAUAAAUUCCUGUAUCGUUAAAUUUAUGUUCUCUUAAAUUCCUGUAUUCCUAAAUUCCUAUAUUUUUGAAUUUUUGUAUCCUUAAGUUUUUGUAUCUUUAAAUUCCUGUAUCCUUAAUUUCCUGUACUCUUAAAUCCCUGUAUCGAUAAAUUCCUGUACGCUUAAAUUCUUGUAUUCCUAAAUUUCUAUAUCUUCAAAUUUCUAUAUCCUUAAGUUUCUUUGUCUUUAAAUUCCUGUAUCACUAAUUUCCUGUACUCUUAAAUUCCUGUAUCCUUAAUUUCCUGUACUCUUAAAUCCCUGUAUCGAUAAACUCCUGUAAAUUCCUGUACGCUUAAACUCCUGUAUCCCUAAAUUGCUAUAUCUCUAAAUUUCUAUAUCCUUAGGUUUCUAUAUUUUUAAAUUCCUGUAUCCUUAAUUUCCUGUACCCUUAAAUUCCUGUAUCUCUAAUUUCCUAUACUCUUAAAUUCCCGUAUCCUCAAUUUCCUAUAUUUCUAAAUACCUAUACCCCAAUAUUCUUGAACUUCCAGAUCACUAUAUUCCCCCCUCCUAGAUUUCCAAAUCUCUAUAUUCUGCAAUUCUCAUAUCCCCAGAUCUCUAACCUGUUUAUCACUAUAUCCCAGUAUCCUUAAAUCCCUAUAUGUAUCCUUGAAUCCCUAUAUCUCCAGAUCUCUAACUCCUUAUAUUCCUAAACCCCUAUAUUCCUAUAUUUCUAGCCAUUUAAGGCCACAUAUCCCUAGUUCCUUUAAAUUUAAAAUUCCCGCGCAGGUGGCGCCCUAGUAUUAGUUAAAUAAGCACCGCCCCGUGGAGGCGUGGCACAAGGUGGGAAUAAAACAGUAUAUCUAAAAAUAUAUUCCGAAAAUAUAUUUUGCAGCUAACAGUUUUCUGAUCAGUUUCAUAAGAAUCCCCAACAAAUUACUAAGCUUCAAAAUUCCCACGGUUGCAAGAUUAUGAGACAUUGCUACCGGAAUUCGUUGCAAGACUCCCCGGAAUCCUCUCGAGGAACAUGACUCACUCGAGAUUCCUUUCUGCGUAACAUCGUUCCAGAAACGAAACACUGUCGUUGUCGCGAGAACCCUGUAUUUUCUAAACGUCAGUCAGAGUCACUAUUUUUUUAGCCGAUAGAACACUGACAGUGUUUACAGGUUUCUUGCCCGAUUGCGGCUUCGAGGCACGAGAAGUGCACAAUGUCCACUUGCGAUUAUCUAAUUGUAGGCUCUCUAAUUUGUUCCCCGAAAGUUGGACGUUUUUUGAUCUCCCUUCUGUGUAUCAACAACGGUCCACGGGACCCCGUGUGUCUUGGUCUCGUGGACACAGUAAAUGUUCGAUAUUCAAGAAUAAAUACAUAAUGAACGAGAACCGGGGUUUUCAUUCGUUGAUUACGCUUCUGGGUUUGAUGGCACAUGUUUGGGAAUUUAGUGCCUGAGCUGGUUUGAAGCUUGCGAUUUUGCCUGUAUUUGAUAUGUAUCCAAAUUAGGAUUCUAGAAAGUACAAUGCGUUAACUCUAAAUAUAUCGCCUUGAAUACGCUUAUGCAUGUUAAAGAAUAUUACAUGUUGAGAAUUAAAAGAUAUUACUAUUUCUUAUAGUUUGAAUUUGUCAAGCUGGAGUGACAAAUUUGCAGUCUAUCUUCAAAUUUGAUAGCAGGUGAUCGGCAAUAUAUGGAGAGUUUACUAAAGAUAUUACAAUUUUUGAUAUUUUCUAAUUUGUCAAGUUAUGGAGUGUCAAAUUUGCAGUUUCUACAGCUUCAAAUUUGAUAACAGGUGAUCGGCAAUAUAUCGAGCGUCUACUCAAAGAUAUUACAAUUUUUUAUAUUUUCUAAUUUGUCAAGAUAUGCAUUGUCAAAUUUGCAGUCUCUGAAUGUUCAAAUUUGAUAACAGGUGAUGGCAAUAUAUCGAGAGUUUACUAAAGAUAUUACAAUUUUCGAUAUUUUCUAAUUUGUCAAGUUAUGGAGUGUCAAAUUUGCAGUUUCUACAGCUUCAAAUUUGAUAACAGGUGAUCGGCAAUAUAUCGAGCGUCUACUCAAAGAUAUUACAAUUUUUUAUAUUUUCUGAUUUGUCAAGAUAUGCAUUGUCAAACUUGCAGUCUCUGAAUCUUCAAAUUUCAUAACAGGUGAUCGGCAAUAUAUCGAGAGUUUACUAAAGAUAUUACAAUUUUUUAUAUUUUCUAAUUUGUCAAGAUAUGCAUUGUCAAAUUUGCACUUUCUACAGCUCCAAAUUUGAUAGCAGGUAAUCGGCAAUAUAACGAGAGUGUACUAACAGAUAAUAUAAUUUUUUAUCAUUCGUAAUUAUAUGUACCUUUGCAGUGUCAAAUUUGCAGUCUCUGAAACUUCAAAUUUGAUAGCAUGUGUUCGGCAAUAUAACGAGAGUGUACUAAAAGAUAUAAUUUUUGAUAAUUCGUAAUUAUAUGUAGCCUUGCAGUAUCAAAUUUGCAGUCUCUGAAUCUUCAAAUUUGAUAACAGACAAUCGGCAAUAUAACGAGAGGCACUCUCCAUUUCCACUGAAACCUUCCAAAUAUGUUCUCAGAUCUUAUAAUUUAGUACUACUUUCAUCUUCCAAACCUUGAUUUAAACUUUAAACAAUAUUACCUUGAACCCUAACUAUAUUACCACCUAAUUACACUAGUGUUCAAAAGAGUACAUUUGCAUAAUAUCAACGUCGGAUAAAACUAAGAAUCGAAACGGAAAUAUACGUAAAGAGCGUUUGUAUCUGGAGAUCAAGGAAAGUGCAAGAUUCCGGCUUUCUAGCGGUCUCAGUUUUCGAUAGACCGGAUCGUGGUGUCUCAUGAAUAUUCAAGAUCGCGAACGGAAAGCAAAACCGUCGGAUAUUUUCAUGGUAACGACCAACUUUAUAUCUCUUCUGGAACGCAUCAAAUAGGAUCCGUUCCCAUUUUCUUUCGAGUACGAGAUUAAUUUUUAGCCAGCACGUACUGCUGUCUUAUUUGUGAUCGUAGCGUUAUAUUUACUUUAUAGCUGCCUUGUGAUUUGAUUGAUAUCGAUAUUGUAUUAUGUUUACCGAUCAAUUAUAUUUUGUACACUGAUUUCA